CACGGGAAGACAACAUCCGGCGAAGCGUGAUUUUUGUGUCAUUCGGAGGAGCAGUGGGCUACUGGACGGACUCAAGUGACGUGUCUUCAUACAACGUUUGACGAAAACCAUGCUUCUUCGUAAAGUCAGCCAGUCCAUUCUCAGGAUUCCUCCCGUGCUGUCCGGAGGUCAACGUCAUGCCGGGGCCGUCAUUGCUGUUCAAAACGCCCGUCUCUACGCCAGCCAAGCUGCGGAGGCGGUGCUGGACAAGUCCACAGCAGUCGGCAGUGACACUGCCACUAAAGUGGACAAGACGACAGUUUCUGCUGAAUCCAAAUCCUAUGCUGUCAACAUUUUCAAGGGGCAGAUCGCGACUGCCCAGGUGUUCCCCUACCCCUCAGUCAUGAAUGAGGAGCAGGAGCAGUUUCUCCGAGAGCUCGUGGGGCCUGUCUCCAAAUUCUUUCAAGAGGUGAACGAUGCUGCCAAGAAUGAUGCCUUGGAGAAGGUAGAAGAUCACACCAUGGAGGGCCUGAAGGAGAUGGGUGCCUUCGGCCUGCAGGUGCCGGCUGAGCUGGGUGGCCUUGGUCUCUCAAACACACAGUAUGCCCGGCUGGUUGAGAUUGUUGGCAGCCAUGACCUUGGUGUCGGCAUCACUCUGGGCGCCCACCAGUCCAUUGGCUUCAAGGGCAUUCUGCUCUUUGGGAAUCCAGCCCAGAAGGAGAAGUACCUGCCAAAGCUCGCCACAGGUGAGCAUCUCGCGGCCUUCUGUCUCACCGAACCAUCCAGUGGCUCUGAUGCCGCCUCCAUCAGGUCCACAGCUAUUCAGUCCCCCUGCGGAGAGUACUUUACUCUCAAUGGCAGCAAGAUCUGGAUCAGCAAUGGAGGUCUGUCUGAGAUCUUCACGGUGUUCGCCAAGACGCCCAUGAAGGAUCCCAAGACUGGGGAGAUGAAGGACAAGAUCUCGGCCUUCGUUGUGGAGAAGAGCUUUGGAGGAGUGACACAUGGCCCCCCAGAGAAGAAAAUGGGCAUCAAGGCGUCCAACACAGCUGAAGUCUAUUUUGAUAAUGUUCGCAUACCAGCUGACUGCUUGCUGGGCGAGUUGGGUGAAGGCUUCAAGGUGGCCAUGAACAUCCUAAAUAAUGGGCGUUUCGGCAUGGCGGCUGCCCUCUCCGGUACCAUGAAGGGAGUCAUCAGCAAAGCUGUGGAUCAUGCAGCCAACAGAACCCAGUUUGGGAGCAAGAUCCACACCUAUGGCGCCAUCCAGGAGAAGAUGGCUCGCAUGACCAUGCUGCAGUAUGUCACUGAGUCAAUGGCCUACAUGAUCAGCGGCAACAUGGACAGUGGAGCGAGUGAAUUCCAGAUAGAAGCUGCCAUCAGCAAGAUCUUUGCCUCUGAAGCAGCCUGGACUGUGACUGACGAGUGCAUUCAGGUUAUGGGUGGCAUGGGUUACAUGAAGGACUCUGGAGUGGAGAGAGUGAUGAGGGAUCUGAGGAUUUUCCGAAUCUUUGAGGGCACCAACGACAUCCUGAGGCUCUUUGUGGCCCUCAAUGGCUUCCAGAACGCCGGGAACCAGUUGAAGAGCUUACAGAAGGCCAUGAAGAACCCCAUCGGCAACGCUGGGUUCCUCGCUGGAGAAAUCACCAAGAGAGCCAAAAGAAAGGCCGGUUUGAGCACAGGUCUGACGCUGCAGGGAACUGUACAUCCUGAGCUGGCACAGAGCGGAGAACUGACCACUCAGGCCAUUGAACAGUUUGGAGCCGUCACCGAGGAGCUGCUGAUCAAACACGGAAAGAAGAUCAUUGAUGAACAAUUUAUCCUGAAGAGAGUUGCAGACGGUGCCAUCGACCUCUACGCCAUGGUGGUGGUCCUGUCCAGGGCUUCACGCUCUCUGAGUCGGGGCAGCCCCUCAGCUCAGCAUGAGAAGAUGCUGUGUGAGACCUGGUGUGUGGAGGCCCAUGAAAGGAUCCUGAGGGACAUCAAGUCCCUGCGCUCCAGUCAGUCCAGACAGCUCUUCAAGAACAUGAGGGCAAUCUCUGCAGCCUUAGUGGAGAACGGCGGAGUGGUGGCGCCUCACCCUCUGGGUUUCUAAACGCACCGCACUCUCCCCUAACACUUCUGUCUGUUUCUUCUUCCCCUUUCGGUAUCUCUAGCCAAGUUCAGGGUCCUGUAUGGCAAGUUUCUCUCAGAUGUUGUUUAGCACCGUAAUUGCUCCAUCGCACAUCGCCGUCCUCGUGUCAGCGUUGGUGCUUUCACAUCUUCCGGUAUCUUGAUUGUAUUCAAUUUCAGUGUCUUUGUGAACUCUUUUCUUUUUUUUCCACUUAUUUAUUUAAUGCUGACUUCCAGAAUUUGUGCUGGAGUUUAUCUCUAAAUGAAAUAAGAAUGAAUUGAAAUUUGAAAAAUAUCUGACCAUAAAAAGAAAAGUGUAAUUCACAAAUGCUUCAGCUCUGCUGUGUGAAACCGCUGAUUGAAUGUCUCCCGUGUGUGCGUUGAGAUUUUUGAAUGCAGCGUCUACUUUGUAUCUCGGCCUUCGUGACUGUAUCGGAUUCAAUGAUCUCAUUGAAUCCGUUGAAAGAUUCAUUUACGUUGUUGUUUUUGUCGGUUCGUUGAGAAAUAAAUAGAAUGAGAAAACAGGCCAGUUAACAGAGGAACUAAUCUGUUUUUUUAGGUAUUUUAAUUUAGGCACGCAGGUGUUUUAAAUGACGGUUGGAUUUGUACAUGUAUCUGAAUUGUGUUCAAAUGUAUAUAGUAGUGUGGUUUUUAUGUACUUGAAUGCCUUUCUGCAUGUGAAUUAAGCUCACUCGGUGCUCAUCACAGAAACAUUAAUGUCAGAAGCAAAAUCCUUUUGCCUUAGAAACCAGUCUGCAGAUGCUGUUGGGACUUCAUUUUAACGGAGUAUUACGAAAGCAAUAUCCAGGUCAUCUCCACUUGUUCCAAAAGGCCGUCGCAUUAAGUUCCAAUGUGUUUUUCUUUGCUGAAGGUGUCGGGCAUCAUUAGUCCACAUAUCUGGUACUUUAAAGAAAUAAUGUAUUGUACAAUAAAUGCACUUGCUCUGAACUUGUCAAAUCAAUCCUAAAACUUAAACUAGAUCUGCUCAUUAUUGCCUUUUUUAUAACUUGUGCAGUAACAAAUGAUGACUUAAGUUCUAAGAUCUUUUGACUAAACAUGUCUUCUCAUAUCUAAUAAUGUCUCAACCUUUUUAGAAUCAUUAUUUGUGCAGAUCUACUUUGAAUAACAACACACUUACCUGUUGCAAAUAAUAAAUAAAGCAUCUUUUCAUCCGUC